UUCACCCUUCUUAUUUGGCUUCUCUCGAUGCCUCCUUGAGCAGCUACCACUGAUCCCCGCUUCUUCUUAUUCCAUCCAUCCCACGCCCUCGUCUCCCAUACCCUCUCCAACUCCACUCCCUAACACCAAAUUCAGUCCGGUCGACUGAAUGGAUCCCUCUGGAGUUGACGAGAGUAUCUCAACUGAAUUGAUUCCAAGCCCUGUCAUUGAUGGGUUAACUUCGCCUCAAGAGCAGGAUCACAUCUUCCGCAGCACACUGCCACUGAAUCCCAUCGUCGUCCCCCCAAAAGGCUUGACUCUUCACGGCUAUGUCCUGGACAACAUUGAGGACUAUCUCCACAGGAUAGCGCUUAUUGACUCGAGCAACGGGCGUCACUACACCUACGGCCAAGUGCAACUCUUAACGAAAAACAUUCAGGCAGGACUAUGGAACCAAUUCGGCAUCAGAAAAGGUGACGUUGUGAUCGUUUUGUUGCCCAACAUUGCGGAGUAUUUCAUAUUCGUGUUGGGUAUCAUUUCCAUUGGUGCCAUUUACUCUGGCUCAAACCCAGCAGCGCAUGAAUCUGAGAUUCAAAGGCAAGCUGAGAAUUCCGGGGCAAAGCUAGUCAUCACGGACCUGAAAACGUACAAGAAGGUGGAAGCACUUGGCCUCCCCGUUGUGGUGAUGGGUGAGGAUGUGUCAGAUGGAUCCUACUGUUAUCUGUCUUUGUUCGAGGCGGAUGGUUCACAAGCGCCGACGGUAGAUAUUUCCGAACACGACGUGUGCGCUUUACCGUAUUCUUCAGGUACAACAGGUGUAUCCAAAGGCGUGAUGAUCACUCACCGGAAUAUUGUUGCGAACCUGAACCAAACCUUGGCGGACAUCGAGCGUGCGUACAGGGGUGGAGUCAUUCCUGAUGACGAGAGUGUGGUUCUUGGGCUUAUGCCUUUCUUCCACAUCUAUGGCAUUUGCGGGAUUUGCUGUGCUGCAAUGCGCUUGAAAGGAAAAGUAGUUGUCAUGGCCAGAUAUAACUUUCAGGAGUUUCUAGACAUACUACUGAAGUACGAAAUCACUUUUGCACCCAUAGUCCCUCCGAUACUUCUACAGCUCGUGAAAAAAGACUUGGGGGAGAACUUCGACCGCAGCAAACUAAAACUAAAGUCAAUACUCACAGCGGCAGCACCUCUGGGCAUUGAACUGCAGAGGGCCUUCGAAGCUAAAUUCCCAGGUGUGGAAGUCCAACAGGCGUAUGGAUUAACAGAGUACAGCUGCGUAACAGUCUCACAUUGCAGCCCUAUUCACGGAAGAGGGCCAUCCAAGCCUGGCUCUGUGGGAUUCAUCUUGCCAGGGCUGGAGGUAAAGUUUGUGGAUCCAAACACAGGCUUGUCGUUACCCGCAAACACCCCGGGAGAGAUUUUUGUGCGAGGCGAGUCCACCAUGAAAGGGUAUUUUAAAAAUCCAGCAGCCACAGCAGCGACCAUAGACUUUGAGGGCUGGCUCCACACGGGCGACAUAGGAUACAUAGAUAACGAUGGAGAUGUUUUCAUUGUGGAGAGAAUGAAAGAGCUCAUCAAAUACAAAGGCUUUCAGGUACCUCCUGCCGAACUGGAAGCAGUUCUGAUAUCGCACCCAGCCGUAGCAGAUGCGGCAGUAAUUCCAAUUCCUGACGAAGAGGCAGGAGAGAUUCCUGGAGCUUGUGUGGUUCUUAAGCCCGAUUGCUUCAUUUCACCCUCAGAGAUCCAGGCAUUCGUGGCUUCUAAGGUGUCUACUUACAAGCAGGUACGGCAUGUUGAGUUCCUGGCAUCCAUACCAAAGUCCUCGUCAGGUAAAAUACUGCGACGUGUGUUGAAAGAGCAGAUCGUGAAGGACCGCAAUGCAACAAAGAGCGACGGUCAGCUCAAAUAAUAAACCCUGGGUUCUAUAAGAUUUCUACAUUUAUACAGGGAACCUUGGAUUAUUAUAGAAUCAACUGUUUACCCGAACUAAGUCUUAGAUUCCGUUGCCAUUGAGGUUUGCAAAGUCUAGCAUGCUGUCGAGGUUGAUGGAGAUCCUCCGAUUCACCCUUCGAAGCAGGAAUGGUCUAUGACUGCGACAUUUGAUGAAUUGCACAAAAUCGUUCAUCAAAGUGAACCUCCACCAGGUUUAGUGCCUCUAGGUCUACCUGAUGUGGUGCCGACCGCAUGAAGUAGAGCUAGCAAAGCAAUCCUGUAUAAGUAUCAUUGCGCUGGCAUUGCCUUUUCAAAGUAUUUUAAAAGUUAAAGAAAAUGCAACAUUAUGCCCCAGUGAACGGCUUCCUCCA